AUGCCACCAAGGAUACCUCUAAAUCGGGGUCUCCCACCCCCCCAAUUCCUCAUUCCCUGCACAACAGCGCGACAUCUCCUCCAGCAACAGCAAACCACGACCCAGACAUCCCUCGCAUACACCUCGAUCCGCACCAUCAAAUCCACCUUUUCCCCCAAACCCGACCGCUUCGCCCACCAUCCCGCCAAGCCCGCCUUAACCAGCACCUCGUCCGCAGCCCUCGAGCGCAAAGCCCACAGCACCCCGUUACGAACAGGCUUACUCGCUAUAAAAAAGGGCAUGACAUCGCUCUACGACACCACCACGGGCGCCCGCACCGCAGCCACAGUCCUGCAAUUCGACCGCAACCAAGUCGUUGCGCACAAGCGGCGGGACACGCAUGGGUACUGGGCUGUGCAGAUUGGUGCGGGCCAAAAGGAAGCGCGCAAUGUAAGCAGGCCUAUGCUGGGGCAUUUUGCGGGGGCGGGGGUCGCGCCAAAGAGGUGGGUUGCCGAGUUUAAAGUCAAAGGGGAGGAAGGGUUGCAAGUUGGGGUGGGCGAGAGUGUGGGUGCGGGGUGGUUUCGCGAGGGACAGUGGGUGGAUGUUAAGGGAGUAGGGAGGGGGAUGGGGUUUGCUGGUGGUAUGAAACGACAUGGUUUUGGCGGUCAACCCGCCUCGCACGGUCAAUCGCUCAUGCAUCGCGGUAUGGGAUCUGCAGGUGGAUCUCAAGGCUCCGGUUCUCGUGUUUUGCCUGGUAAGCGUAUGCCGGGGAAUAUGGGGAAUGAGAGUGUUACGGUGAAGAAUCUGAGGGUAUUGAGGGUAGAUGAGGCGAAUGGAAUUGUGGUUGUUACUGGUUGCGUACCUGGUCCCAAAAACCAAAUCAUCCGCGUUCAAGAUGCCCUGGGUAAACCCUGGCCGGAAGGUCCAAUGACUACUGCUGAACUUCAGCCUCAGGAGGUUCUCGCCGCGGCGGCUGAUGUUGCUGCUGCUGGUGCCGAGGCGACUGCUACUACUACUACUACCGCUUAA